UUUGUUGGUUGCAUUUUGUAUGUGCUGUGACAGGAGAAUGAAUCCACAACCUUGGUAUAUCAGGACCAUGCUCGUAUUUCGAAACAGGACAUUCGUGAGCAGAUCUGGGACUACAUGGAAUCACAAAAUUUAGCUGACUUUCCCCGACCUGUUCAUCACAGGAUUCCCAACUUCAAGGGCUCUUAUCUGGCUUGCCAAGGCAUCAAAGACCUCGACAUUUUUGCCAGAACGCAGGAAGUUAAAGUGGACCCCGAUAAACCGCUGGAAGGCGUCCGGCUGCUGGCACUGCAGAGCCAAAAAACAUUGUUGGUGCCGACACCACGACUGCGAACCGGGUUAUUUAAUAAGAUCACACCACCCCCUGGGGCGUCUAAAGAUGUCCUGAGAAAAUGUGCCACCUCUCAGGGCGUGAGGAACCACAGCGUUCCCGUGGGCUUGGACUCCAGGGUCCUUGUGGACUUAGUUGUGGUGGGGUCCGUUGCCGUUUCUGAAAAAGGCUGGAGAAUUGGGAAGGGAGAAGGUUAUGCUGAUCUCGAAUAUGCCAUGAUGGUGUCGAUGGGAGCAGUGAGCCAGGGGACGCCAGUGGUCACCAUCGUCCAUGACUGCCAGGUCGUCGACAUACCUGAAGCGCUCCUCGAGGAUCACGACCUCACCGUGGACUAUAUUCUCACUCCCACGAGAGUCAUCACCACGGGGUGUGCGCGCCCAAAGCCAGCAGGGAUCAUAUGGUCUAAGAUCAGCUGUGAGAUGAUGGGGAGAAUCCCAAUACUCAGAAGCCUCCGCUCCCGAGAGAAGCAGGCUGGGAAAGAUGUCACCCUUCAGGAUGAGCACCAGCACCUUCCAGAACCGCACAGCCAGCACACAGCUCCGCCAGGCACUGUGAGAAGACCCCGCGACCCACCCCCGCAGGAGUCAGGUCCCGUGCAGGCGGGGGAUGUGCCCUCUAACACUGUUUACGUUGGGAACCUUCCCCGGGACACCCGAGUGAGCGAGCUGAAGAGAGCCCUCAGAGGACGGGGCGCAGCCCCCCUGCGGCUCACCUGGCAGGGGCUGCAGCACAGGGCCUUCCUCCAUUACCAGGAUCCAGCCGCAGCCCAGCAGGCCGUCUCCUGUUUGCAGGGCUUACACCUGGGUGCCAACACCUUGAGCGUGGCGCUGGCCAGGCAGCAGACGGCCAGUGACCUGGUGGGCAGCUGUGCUAGAGAGCCACACCCAGACCAUUGCCCGACCAUCUGAGUGGUGACAUGGGGGACUUCGGAGGCCUGCGCAGCAGGACGGGACAGAGCUGAUGCUACAGGAGCUGCCCUGACGGUCCUUUCUGGGAAGUCACAGCCUUCAGCUCCUGCGUGAUUGAAAACUACUUGAAGUCAACCAGUAGUGCCCUUCCUGCAUUUGGGAGGCUGAGGGCUCCAUGUGUUCAGUUCUGGUUUAUCACAGUCCCUUGGCUUGUUGGAUGGCAUAGCCAUGCUGGUUUCUCUGCAGAGACGGCAAUUGAGAGGGUGUAAGAGACCAAGCGAGAAUAAACCAGUAGGAGUAA